AUGUCGACAGCUCGGUGCUACACGUGCCAUACCCUACGUCCGCUCUCCGACUUUUCAUAUCGUCGCAAGGACGGCGCCGUCUCAGCAGCAUCGCAGUUCCGACGAUACCUAUGCGUGCUGAUGAGGCGAGUUGAUGCAAAAUCUGGAAAUGGUGGAGUCAUAUACCGCUAUCGAUGUGUACAUCCGCGUCAUGGAGAUUGCCCGAAAGCUGCGGCGGUAUUGCGACCACAGGACUCAUCUGCACAGAUUCAAGUAAGGGAAGAGGUCGAGGAGGCGACAAGGCUCGAUCAUCGGGCGCUUGGAGAUGAGGCUCGACGUGAAGAUAUACGGGACGUUGAGGUGGAGAUUGACGUUUGCGAAGACCCUGAGGGCGAAUUCCGUGCGCAGAAAGAAGACGCGAUAAAGAGGUUGCGCCAAUGCGUGGGUACGGCGGAGAGUCCUGCGAUAAGUCCAUGA